AUGGUGCCCAUGAAGGUCCUGGCUGAUGUUCUCAAGAGCAUCUACGAUGCUGAAAAGAGAGGCGAACCCCAGGUUCUCAUUAGGCCAUCCUCCGAAGUCAUCAUGCAGUUUCUAACUGUGAUGAUGGAGCAUGGUUACGCUGGCGAGUUUGAAAUCGUUGAUCACAGAGCUGGGAAAAUUGUUGUGAACCUCACAGGCAGGCUAAGCAGGUGUGGAGUGAUCAGCCCCAGACUUGAUGUGCAGCUCAAAGAUGUGGGAAAAUGGCAGAAUAACCUGCUCCCUUCACGUCAGUUUGGUUUCAUUGUACUGCCAACCUCAGCUGGCAUCGUGGACCAUGAAGCAAGAUGA